ACUGGUUCAAAGCAGUGCAGGGUCUGAUGUCGUGCGCUGUGGCAAGCAGCUUGCUGUCGCUUAUGAUCGCUCUGUUCUCGCUGUGCUGCCAUUGCAAGUCGUGCAACCCUCACCAAGCGGCGGGCGCCUUCAUAUCUCUCACCUUCUUACUGGUGGCCAUCGCCGUGUCUGUGUUCGGGGCCAAAGGUCACCUGGACUAUGACAUUGACGUCAUCGCAGACGACAACGACCUCCGCACUGCCAUCUUCGGCUGGAGUUUCUGGGUGGCGGUGGGUGCCGGUGGGAUGGCCCUCGUCUCUUCCAUCCUCUACUUCUGUGUGGGCAGGAAUGAUGAGUACAUCUGAUUCUGGGUGGGCCAAAAUGUUUUGUUUUUUUUAAUGACUGUUUUGACAAUGAUUGGUUGAAAUUUCCAAAAGUGACUCAUUUUGAUGAAGUUUGGUGAAAUCUGUGUUGAUGGCACCUCUGGGUGGGGUUGUUGUUUUUUUUUUUUGGUUUUUUUUUUGGGGGGGGGGUCAUAAUUCUUCUGAUAUGGACCUUGAAAAUUAAUCAACUUGAUUAGUGGAAGUUUUUACAAGUUAGACUGUAGAAAUGAUAUAUUAUGACUGUGUGUUUUAUUCCGAUUAGUGGAAGCACUAAUAAGCUACAUGUAGUUAAGAAAAUGAAUGUUUUCAUUGUAUGUUUGAUUUGAUUGGUUAAGAAAAUAUCUUCUCAAUUGUGGAUCCUCACAAGUUGACUUAUUUGACAGUUUGAAAUUCUGAUGUGUAAGGAGGCAGAAAUGGGUUGAAAAGGCCUUAAAAUGAAACUUUUCAGACAUCUUUCUACAGGGGUGUUGUAUCCGUCUCUGCCCCAUAGGACUGAACAUGCAGGGUCUACACAGUCCGCCUCCUCACAUAUUUAAAUUAGGUCAAGGGGGCCUUCGUCAUCCUUUGUAAAGAGUCAGUAGCUAGUUUCAGAAACAAAUAUCAUAUUGUUUCCUUCAUGUGUCAAACGUUUAUGCUGUCAAAACGAUUUUUUGAGAAAUACUGAAAGUUUCAAGGAGAUCUUCGCACUAGAAGUAUUCUAAAAUGUGAAGAAUACAACCACAAGGGUACAAAAUGACCCCAGGGCGUACGGAUUUUAAAAAGGUAGAAAACUUUUGAACAAGUCCUAAGGCCAGUAGAAAUUAAAUGAAAUUGUUUUUUGUUUUGGAGGAGGGUGAAUUGUUGUUGUUUUUUUUUUGUGUUUUUUUUUGUUAUUCAUAAUCAUGUCAUAAAAAUAACUUGUGUUUAGUUUCAAAACUGUUGUUUAUUUAUGAUCAUGUCACUUGCCACUGAACAAAUCAGAUUGGUGGAUGCUAAUGUCAAGUUUGUGAUGACAAGUGUGCCAACUGCUAUAAUAAAAAUCAAAUCCCCCUUUCUUUCAUUUUCACAUUUUCCACAAUUAAAUGACUCCUUGUUCUGCCCAAUUUCUUUCUUUCUUUCUUUCUUUCUUUCUUUCUUCCUUUCUUUCUUUCUUUCUUUCUUUCUUUCUUUCUUUCUUUCUUUCUUUCUUUCUUUUCUUUUUCUUUCUUUCAUGUCUGUGAGAACAUUGGCUCUGUCAGUGAACAUUUUGUGACAGUUUAUCUACGCACCACCAGGACAAGAAAUAUAUUUGUGUCUUACAAUACAUCAGCAGCUUCCCAUACGAUAUACAGCUAUAUUGUGUACAAUUCUAGUCGUUUUGCUUCCACAAGGUGUACACGUUUUUUUUGUUGUUUUUUUGUUUUUUUUUGGGGGGGGGGGGGUUCUUGCUUGUUUUCUUGGUUUGUUCUGGGGUUUUCGUUUGUCAGUUGAGUUAGGGAACUAAGCAUAAUUAUUAUCAUUAUUAUUAUUAUUGUAUUAUUUUUUUUCUAUCAUUUGGGAAUAGUUUUGACUUAAUGGAAAAUUUGUUUACCAAAAUUCCUCAUUAUAAAACAAAAAGGUGGUGAAAUGCUUUGAAGGGAACGAUCGCUAUUUCUGUUGCUUAUUUUCAGUUCACGAAUAUAAAAGCGUCAUGAAUUUUUAUUAUUUUAAAAAUUCAUUUUGUGUACAUUUUUUUUCUUGUGUGAUGUCCAUAAUGCAAUAAGUAAGGGGGUUAUUUUUUUGUUUUGUUGUUUUUGUGUACAUUCUUCUUUCAUUCCAAAUAAAUAGUAUCAGUUCUUGUCUUCCAGCCUGGUACUGGAGACUGAUUCUUCCCUGUAGAAUGGAACUGUUCUGAGUAUGUUACAGAUUAGUUGAUUAUAGUUUUGGAUUUAUGGAUUUCACUUACAGAUGUACGUGAUGGGAAAGUCUUGUGAACCCUUCUGGAGGUAUGUCAUUGGUGGUCUGGCGGUUAGGCUGUUGGGCUCGCUACUGAAAGGUUGUGGGUUCAAACUGUGUAAGGUGUCUGACUGUGACAUUGUGCCCUUGGGGAAAAAUUUACACCAAUAUUUUUCACUUCACCCAGGUGGGAAUUGGUAUCUGGCUACAGACGACAAAAGAUCUUGUCAGUUUGUUAGUGUUUGAGUACUUUAUUGGCCUCUCACACAGUUUACAUCUUAGAAGACCGGGAAUGUUUCUGAGUGUUCUUGUGUCUGUUGUAGAGCAUGGUUAUGUACUUUAUAGAUGCAAUUAUUGUUAUGAUAUUCAUGUUUUGGAAACUUUGUGUAAGUUGUUUUUUUAAGAAGUUAAAAAAAAAUUCCUGAUUGAAGUGCAUCUUUCCCAGCACUUUGUGUGCUGGUAAUAUUGAACAUUCACGUUUUUAAGGGGACAAACUAUUUUGCCGUUUUAAAAGAGCAAACUGUUUUUGCUAUUUCAAGGAAGUGAACUCUUUUCACUGGGCAACUGAUGUCUGUCUAGGAGUCAUUUAAAUGUUUGUGUUCUGCCUCAGACAUGCUUUCUGAAGGAGGAACCCAAGUUGCAACAAAUGUCAUGUCCAUGAGCUUACCUUUACCCAAACCCAAACAUUAUCACUGGUGUCUGUGGUGCCAUGGUAAGAUGCUUGGUAGUCGUUCACGGGAGAUAUGAGGUUGAUUCCCAUGUGGGGAAGUUUUUCUUACUUGGUUAUCGUGGGUGGUUGUCUAUCGUCCUUAUCUCCCUUCCCUUUUUUUGUUUGUUACUCCUUUGUAACACCUCUAAGUCUCCCUGUCAGCCUCAUUUGGCCCUGACAGGGCAGGGUGGAAGCUGCCAGCCACCUAGAUGGUCUAACAAUAUGUUCAUUUACAAUUACAAUUUUCUUUUCAAACAAUCUCUUUGUUGUUUGUUAUACUAAAAGCAUUACCCUCUGUAGCAGCUUCCAGAUAGCAUUGGUUUGUUGAGCUAUUGUUAUGGCUUUCUCGUGUCAUCUUUUGGAAAAAAUCUUGAUCUUUGUUUGAUAUUUUCUCAUCUGUGUCGAAUGUACCUCUGUAAGAACUAAGCUUAGUUGUUUUGUUUAAAAUGAAGAUUCUUAUGUUGUUGGGUUGUUGUUUUUUUGUUUUAUAGAUUUGAGUGGAGUGAGUAGGCUUCUGUGUGUUUAUGUUUUUUCCGGACUUUUGACUCAAGUAAAUGUCUUUUCUCAGAACCACGUCCCAGUUUUGAUUAUGAAGCAAAAAGAAUCAAGUCUCUAAAUGCCUCAGCCUUUUUAACUUAAGAUUUAUUGGGGGGGUUGUUGUUUUUAUCCUGUUAAUUGGCUUAGCAAACAUUUGUCAAAUGUUAAGAAUUUUAAACUUAAAACAUUUGUCAAAUUUUAAUGAACAGUUCGAAAGAAAUUUUUUAAAAACUUUUAGGGGACAGAAUUUUUGUGAAAAUUAUCUUGAGUCUGCCUUGUGGAACUUUUUGUACUACUUAAUUUUUAUGGUACUCUGAGAUGGAUAUAUUCUUUUGAAAGAUAUUUUUAUAUGUAUUUUAAAGAUUUACUUCAGAAAAUAAGUAUGGAAGGAAAACUUUGUUGUCGUUUUUGCUGUAUUCUUAUCUUACGAAGUGGAAGAGUUGCAUGGGUUUAUUUUGGUUUGGCUUUUGUGUCUCAUUGUGUGUGUGUAAAACUGAUGUAUAUUUUUACAUUUUUUGCCAGACCAAAACAGCUGUUGCCGUGUUGGUGGUACAGAGUAUGAGCAAGUGUCAAUGUUCUGUGUGGUGUGUGUUUGUGAAGGGGUGUGUGUGUGUGAGGGGGUGUGUGUUUGUGUGUGUGUGUAUGUGUGUCAGUGAGAGGAACAGCACUGAGAGAGGAAGAGACAGA